GUCCACUCUGUCAACGGUAACUAGGCAACGCGACGCUUCGCCGGAGCUGGCUGAAUGACAGAGGCUAACUCAGGCUGACUGCCGUUAGCUUGCGUUUGCUAACUUUUCCAUUCGGAGAGACGUCGACAGAAAAGAAAAAGGAUGAAGCUUUAAGAAUCAACUGCAAACAAAGAUUCGUAAGACGUGAAGCGGUGAAACGUGAUGUCAGAUUCUGAAGUCAGAGAAGAGAAGACCGUGAAAUCUCAGGUGUUCACAGCAACCAGAGACACGCUCCUCCAGAAGAGGAUGACUCACACUGCUACACAUGCCCUGUCUCCAGAAUGGGUAUUUGGGAUGAAUCCUGCUCUGUCUGCCUUCAACAUGCAAGACCACGAUCAGCUGGUGGUCCUCUAUGGUGCAGCUCAUGUUGGGGUCAUCUACAAUCACACAACAACAUCCCAGCACAUACUUCAGGGUCACUGCUGCCCAAUCUCAUGCAUGUGUGUAAGUGACGACAGACGCUGGAUUGCAUCAGCAGACCAGGGGCCCAAAAGCACAGUGGUGAUAUGGGACUCCUACUCUGGCAUUCCUGUGCACACAUUGUUCGACUGCCACAGAGGAGGAGGUGUCGGCGCGAUGGCAUUUUCAAGUGACACAAAAUAUCUGGUGACUCUCGGUGCUGAGGAAAAGCAAUGUGUGUGUAUUUGGAAUUGGACAAAUGAAACAGAUAAACCUUUGUGGUUUACGGAGCUGGAUCCAAACCAUGGUUUCCAAGACUACAUCAGUUUUAAUCCAAAUGAUAGUGCCCAACUUCUCAGCAACAGUAGAAGCCAUUUGCUAUUUUACACAGCCAAAGGAAGUCUGCAAUACUUUCCCCUGAAUAUUGAGAAGAAUUCUCCAGGCACUUCCCAAACUGCCGAGAUGCCUCGCAGCUCCAUGCGCCAGUCUGUGUUUCACUUGAGAUCUCCUUGGAUCCUGACCCUGACUGCGGCCGCCACAAUCGUUGUGUGGGAUGUGAUGAGAGACGUUGCUCCAAACAAAAGCCGCCCCAUAACUACAAUCCAGCUUCAGAAAGAUCCCAUCACUGUUCUCACUGUAACAGACAGAUUUACUGUGACGGGAGACACUCAAGGCCACAUCAAGUUUUAUAAUGAAGAAUUCAAGCUCACUUGGUACACCGACUUCAACCUGGAUGCUAUUGCUUCCAUUUCCUUUUCCAAAGAGUGUGCAGUGGCCUGUCCCGAUGUCUACAAUCCAGAGGGGAAACCAUUAAUGAUGAGGAACUUUGUUGUGUCCACAGCCACCUCCGAAGUAGUACACGUGAAUAUACAGAGCGGCAUCCCUCAGACCCUGCUACACAAGGAAAGUGAGCCCAUACAUGCAGUGGCCUGCCACCCCAAACAGCCACUUGUGGUCAUGGGGAAUCUAAGGGGGGUUUUAAAAGUGUGGGACUAUGACAACAAAGUCAUCCUCUGCAGCAGGGUCUUUGAGACAGAGCAGCAGAUUCAGUGCGUCGCUUUCGACCCCCAAGGAUCAUACCUGGCAGUGGGCUUUGGAAGUGGAGCGGUUCACAUACUGAAUCCCAGCACUUUACACAGUGAUCCAGAGGAAGGUUUUCGUUCCACUGAAGACUGCAUCCACCACAUUACUUUCUCCUCAGACUCAAAGUACCUUGCCACUGCGGAUGCAGGAAAAGCAGUGACGGUGUUCCGCUUGCAGACUGAUGAAGGCUCUCUUCCUCGAUGGGCGUACUUGGGCAGAUACCACUCCCACUACAAGCCCAUCAGAGACCUUCUGUUUGGGCUCCAUCUGGACAGCACACAACCAAGACUGCUCUCACUGGGACUGGACCGCCGGCUGGUGGAGUAUGACCUGGAAAACAGUGAUUUAAAUGAGCUCGUCAUCCUGAGCUCGGUGCGCAUUGAGCAAAGCGCUGUGCCAACGGGCAUGACUUGGUACCCUCCAAUUACUACAGAGCAAUUCCUUCUCGUGGCUACAGACCAGUACAAGAUGAAGCUUUUCAACAGCAUUACCAAGAUGUGCAGAAAGACUCUCCUUGGCCCAACAUACGGCUCUCCCAUUAAGAAAACACUGGUCCUUCCCAAGUGCAGUGGACCUGAAACUGGUUCAUAUUACCUGGCAUACAUCACAGAGGACAAGGUGGGUCUCCAGAUGAUGCCUCUGGAUGGGAACCCCUACAAGUCCAAUGCUGUGAUCUGCCAUCCAACAGGAGUGUCCACUGUUGCCUGCUCCUACGACGGCCGCUUUGUCUUCACCGCGGGGACGUCUGACUGCGCUGCACUGUCGUGGGAGAUAGGCCUGAAUGCAUUGAAUGCGGCAGCAGCCCUGGGAGGGAAGGACCUGGUGCCCUUUUACACUCUUUUAGAGGGAGGAAGAGACGGAAGAUUCUACAGGGAGAUUGAGGAUUUCUUUUAUUACUGCCAAGUUCAGCAUCAAGGCACUGACACCAUGGAGAAACGACAAGUGUCUACCAAAAUCUCCCUGUCAGAUGUUCCCUCUCUGAUGAGAGCUUUGUCCUUCUUCCCUACUGAGCAAGAGAUAGAAGAUAUGCAUAAUGAGGUCCAGUUCAGCAAGUUCGCAGAAACAGGAAAAUAUGUGACCGACAUCAACCUGGAGGAGUUAAUCAAGUUGUAUGUCAAUCAUCGACCAGCUUUAGGCAUCUCCAGCAAUCAGCUUGUUCAAGCUUUUCACAUCCUUGGGGAUCCUGAUAUCACAGGACAACCUGUUUUGCGUAGACGUGUACUGGUAAAACUUCUACAAGCUCGAGGAGAAAACAUGACAGAAGAAGAGGUGGUUGAAUGUUUCACUACACUUUUAUGCGUCAGUGAAGAGAAGGAAGAAGAAGAAGAAGAAGAAGAAGAAGAAGAAGCGGGACCAGGAGGGGAACAAUCUGACCAUGACAGUUAUAACUCUGACAGUGGAAAUUCAGAAGAUACACUGGCGUGUGUGAUUCCACGUGAGGUUUCCAUGGAGACAUUCACAGGUCACAUCUUAGGUUUCCCAUCUUCAGCUGAGUAGGGCUUCCCCGCCUGAGGGAUGAAAUCAAGGAAACGCUCUGUUGGUGAGAAGCUGGGUUGACGAGCCUCACACACUAGUGUCUUUUUAAGAUCAAUUAGAGGCCCUAAUAGA